UAAUUGUUUCCUCAGCUGUGGUCUGUGGCCAAGCCCCAAAGAAUACACGUAUUGCGGGAGGAAACUCUGUGGCGACAGCUGGUAUAUGGCCCUGGAUGGCAAGCCUACAGAAGGGUGGAAGUCAUAUGUGUGGUGGGACUCUGGUGGCUGUUGACUCUGUGUUGAGCAAUGCUGCCUGCUUCUCAAGUUCACCAGAUGCCUCCCAAUGGACCGUUAAGUUGGGCCUCUUGAAUCUGAAUGGAUCUAAUCCUUUUGAGGUGACACUGAAUGUGACCAAUAUCACCCUGAGCAACCUGACUGGAUCUAAUGUAGCCGUGCUUCAGCUGACACCCCAGCCUACCCUGUCUGACUACAUCCAGCCCAUCUGCAUAGACAACGGACUAACCUUUGCUGUGGGCACCACGUGCUGGGCUGCUGGCUGGAGCUCUGAACAAGGAGGUGAUGAACAAGUUCUGCAGGAGAUUCAGACCUCGAUACAAAAUUGUGGGAAUGCAUCAAGUGACACCAUUUGUACCGAAACUUUUACUGUGGAGCAGGUGAGCAGCAAGAGCAGUACAUUAUUAUACUUCCAUAUGUCUUUCUGUUUUAGUAAGGUGUUUGUUGGUCCUGAAACUUUAGAAACUUUAAAGGAGAAAUACGUCCAUUUUCAAAAUUCAGACGUUAUUCCAAAAAAUAUUAGUAAACAUGAACAACUCUCUCCUAAAUACAAAAAAGAGUGCUAAAAUUAAAUGUGUGAUGUCAUCAGGUAUAAAAUCUGGAGUUGCUUGUUAGACGGUAUAAUUGUGAUGUACUAUAGCAUAAUU